AUGUCGGACCCAUUGCUUUUCGAAGACACCUUCACCAUCACUGGUGUCAACCAGCAGAAAUACGAUCGCGUUUCUCGCCUGACCUGCACGUCGUCUGAUCACACCUCUACCUUCACUCUCGAUGUCAACACUGAGCUCUAUCCUUGCACAACUGGCGAGUCGGUGUCUAUGGCUCUCGCUUCGACCCUUUCUCUGGACGGCAAGGAAGACACUGGCUCGAAGGGCUGGAGAGAAGUCGGUAUGGGCGAACAGACCCUGGCGAACGACUACGACUAUGUUUGCCAUGGAAAGGUCUACCGUUUUGAAGAGGGAACUACCCAAGGGAACAUGGCGGUUUUCAUCUCUUUCGGUGGACUUUUGCUCUAUCUUGAAGGACCCUACAAGAAGUUGGCACCCUUGAGGAUCGACUACGUGUAUCUACUUCUGAAGAAAUGA